AUGAGGAAUCAUAUUUAAACAAAGCAUAUUUCUUUGCUUAAAAAUGAAUAAUAAUACCAAGAAUAUAAUCAUGGAGGGCUAAAUUAUGACUAUAUGUCAUAAUCUUCAAAAUAUUUAAGAUGUAUUUCUUUUAAUAUGGUUUUACAACUAGCUGAGUUUUGAUUUCAUUAAUUAUGAGCUGAAUAUUAACCUAAAAUACAAUCAUUUCUAAGUCACAAUUAAUUAGAAUAAAAAUUUUUAUUUUAAGAUUUUAUUUCAGAAAUCACAGAUAAAAUUUUUAAUGAUGAAAAUUUACACAAUCUUAAGCUUUGUUUCUAAGGAUUAAGGAAUACAAAAUUAAAUGAAGAUGGACUAUUUCAAAAAUACUCUAGGGACUGA